AAAGGAACGACCUCCGGACCCGCCGCGUCUACGUCUGCCCGACAUUUACGGUACACGGGCAGUCCUCGUCCUGUGCGCUGGCAGUAAAAUCACAUCGACACUAAAAGCAAGAGCAGUAAUGCCAGCGUUAAAAAAAAACAAACAAAGUCCUGAUUAUGGUGGGCACCGUUACAGGAGAUCUGAAAGUGUGGUGGGACCGGUACAGUCUACGAAACUUGAAAAAAAAACAACAACACAUUUUAUACAUUUAAUAUCUUUUAACUCCGCUCAAAUUUCUGAAUAAAUCCACUCUUCAAAUAAUGACAAGAGGAGGGCGAAGAAGCUGAAGACCUGCGCAGGAGACAGUCCUCUCCCUGUGGUCACGUCGGUGCGGAUUUCGGACACCUUUGCACAGACCCCACCCUGGCGGACGGUUGCCACACGCAGUUGUGACCUUCCCCUCUGUGGAAAUUGUAUGGCACGUGCCAGUUUGCCAGUCCCACUUCUUCGCACCGGUCACCUGCUGGUUUGCGCCUUUGACCGAGGUACCUGGAUUGGAAGCGGAUUUACUCUCAGAUCAGAUUCAAACAGACUCCCAGUCACGAGCGUCACACAGCCAAGAUGAUGUCAAAAGUGAGGGUGCUCAUUUCCCUGCUCUGUGUCACUGGUGUGUGUGUGUUUUUGAGGGAUUCUUCUUUAGAGACGUUUUUGGAACGCUCCCUCCAGCAUCAGUACACAAGACCGUGUGCUUGUGAGAAAUGCGUAUCAGAAGAUGAUCCGUUGUUUAUGCAACGUUUUAACAAAUCUGUGGAACCCUUUUUGUCGGCAAAAUACAGUCUCUCGGAGGAUGAUUUCAGUUGGUGGAAGGGUUUACAGGCUGAAAAGCGCAACCUCACUUUCUACAACACAACAGUGGACAACCUGUUUAAGAUAUUCCCAUCCAAUCCAGAUGUUGUAGGACCCAGCCCUGACCGCUGCAGGACUUGUGCUGUGGUGGGGAAUUCUGUUAAUUUGAAGAGAUCACAUUAUGGACCUCUGAUAGAUUCCCAUGAUGUUAUUCUCAGAAUGAACCAUGGCCGUACUGAAGGCUAUGAAGCAGAUGUUGGGAAAAGGACAACCCAUCGUAUCUUUUAUCCAGAGAGUUCCAUGGACUUAGAUAACACCACUCAUCUGGUGUUGGUUCCAUUCAAGAUACUAGACCUUGAGUGGCUCAUAGGCGCCUUCACUACAGGAUUUUCGGGAAAGUCAUAUAUGCCAGUAAAUUCAAAAAUCAAAGCUAAAAAGGACUUGGUGAUGGUGAUCAAUCCAGCUUUCAUGAGGUAUGUUCAUGUGAAAUGGCUGGAAGAAAAGGGCAGGUAUCCGUCCACUGGUUUUAUGGCUUUGGUUCUUGCCUUGCACAUUUGUGAUGAGGUCAAUGUGUUUGGUUACGGAGCAGACAAAGAUGGAAAUUGGAGUCAUUACUGGGAAAAACUGAGAGACAAGAAGUUCAAAACUGGAAUACAUCCUGGAAAUCAUGAAUAUGAAAUGAUUCAGCAGCUAGCUAAGCAACUAAAACUCAAUUUUUAUACAGGGUGGUGAUCUCCCAUCAGCAUUUAAAGUAUUCAAGUCUUGAUAAAAAAUCCUUUACAAAGUCAAACAAGACCAAGAAGAAUGGGCCUAAUAAAUAAUACGACAACUCUGGUCUGACUUACUCCUCAAUCCUGCACGAACUGUAAGCAGACUAAAGCUUUUUGGAAAAUCCUCCACUGAGAGGGAGAGUACAACGCUGAAACCACGUUUAAAGAAUUGGGAGUCAAAAUUAAUCACAUCUAAAGGAAUGUAGGGGAAAAGCUUUUCUAGACAGCUCUGUACUUGUUUUCCCAUUUUCACUGUUUAUUGUUUAUUUAUUGCUAUUUCGUGAUAUUCAUGGACAGUGCUGCAAUGCAAAGCAAAGCAUAAAUGAUUUAGCUACUAAGGGCUUCGGGGGAAAAAAGACAUAUUUGAUCAAAUUCAACAACUGAAGGACAUUAAGUUUUUCCUCAGUUUCAUUUGUCCACAGUUUCAGGGUAUAAAUAAACAUAUUACGAUAAUCUCCUGGGCAGAUGUCACCACUGUCAAUGUUGUUUUCCUCUUGAAUGUAUUAUUAAAAAUAAAUUGUUAACAUGGAAGAAAAACGGUUGGUUAAAGCAUAAUGUAAAUUAUUGAAUGUAUUUAUCUCAUGUGAUGAUGUCUGGGGCAAUUUUCUUUUAAUAUGAGCAGAAACAACAUGAUUUAUAUGAACCAAGCACCAAUAUACACACAUGUGACGGACAUAUAUAUAUAGUCCAAAAGUAUUUGGACAGGUACACAUGUUUUGUUCUUCAGGCUCUGAGCUUCAGCACAUUCAAUUUGAAAUAAAAAUAGUGAAUACUACAUUAAAGUACCAAGACUCAGCUUUAAUCUGAGUAAGUUUACGUCACUAUAGAAAGAAAUGUGUGGAAGAUAAAGCCCUUUAAACACAGAGUGUCCAAAGUAAUCAGACAGAUACACAUGAAGUCAAACAAAAUCAUCAUAUUUAAUAUUUUGUGGAAAAUCCGUUGCAGUCAGUGACUGCCUGAAGACUUUGACCCACAGACAUCAGCACACUGAUGACACUUUGUGUCUUCACUAGUGAUGCUCCCCCAGAGCUUCACUGCAGCCACCUUCAGCUCCUGCUUGUUGUGGGGUCUCUCUGCCUUUAGUCUGGUCUUCACCAAGUGGAAAGCUGCUCAGUCAGACUGAGAUGAGGUGACUGACUAGACUGGUUGUGAGUAUAAUGCUCCUCUUCACCCUGAAAAGGUCUGGGGUUGCCUUGCCUAUAUGUUUAGGAUUAUCCUGCUGGGGGAUGAAAUGUUGCACAAUGAUUUUUGAUGCGUUUGACUGAAUCUGAGCACAGAAUGCUAACCAGGUGUGCUACAGGUGUGCCCUGUCAUGUCUUUUUGUAAUGUCACCUCCUACUACAGUUGUUGUGACUCAUUCAUACAAACAAAGCCUAUCUGACCUUGAACUUGAGAUCUGUGUAUGCUGAUAAUUGACACACUACUGGUAAAAAAAAGCUGGCUUUUCCUUCAUAAAUGGACUUGUUCCAACAACACAGCUCAUCAGCAGUCUCAGCUGACUAAAAAAAGGAUUUUAGUGACCUUUUUAGCUUUUAAAAUAACUGUGGGUAGUUUUUAUCAGCGGUCCCCUCCACACACUGGCUCACCUGGCACCAGACACUACAAGCCACACUAGCUCCCAUUUGUGGUUGGUGAACCCCCUACUGCUAUCCCCCUAGUCUCUGUUUCUGCUUCCUCUCCCAUACCCACGAAAAUCCCAGUUAGGAUCUCUGAACUGCGCCCACGACCUUGUCAUGGUCAAAAUCGCUGUGGUGCGUGAUUGAUCCAU